CGGGGUAGGCCGUCAUUGUAAAUAAGAAUUUGUUCUUAACUGACUUGCCUCGUUAAAUAACAAAUAUAUACCUGCGUAUACCCUCCAAUAGAUUACGGUUGCUGUCCUUUCAGAAUCUCGAACCUGUCACACACUGAAGGCCUAUAGGUUCGCCACUGCGCAAACAUGUCUGUAAUAGAUUUAAAGGCUUUUAAGAUGUUCAUGUUUCAAGAAAGGAGUAUGUAUAUUGGGCCUGGCGAAAUUAUGAGGCCUCACUGUCCGAGGCAAAAUGUAUCCGACACGGAGCCAGUCAGUAUGUGGUCUCAAGACAACACUGGGCAGAGGCAGUAGAAACACUCGCACACACUGUCACAUGUAUUUUUGAAAUAACUUCAAUACCUACACAAAUAUAUUUCAUUGACAAUCAGCUUGAAUAUUGUUCUUCUUUAUCAAUAUUACAAAAAUUAACAAUAGUUUUUAAAGGAUUCAUGUUCAGCAUUCUACAAAGAAAAAAACAGGAGUACAGCCCUCCUUCGCCCGUAGUGUGGUGGUAUAAACUUGUAUGACACCUAAACAGUAGUGCCUGGCAGAUGUGUAUUGUGUACACUCGAGUUGUGUGUAGCAAGCUAGCUAGCUACUUGGAUGUGGAAACGUUUCAUACAAUCGUCGGGCGUCCACGUUACGAUUGGUGAUAGUGUCGCCACGAUCGUCACAUAAAGGCAGUUUUAAAAGAUUGCCCCUCGCAGCCUCAUCCUGCCAUGAGAUCACCCUAACAAUAAAUAGUGGGGUGAAGAUGGCUGCAGAGCUCUUUUCCACCAAGAAGCUGGGCCCGGCAACCUCAACCAACACAGUUGUGCAGCAAUACCAGCAGCAGAACCGGAAUAACAACAACACCAUUCACAGCUGCAACUGGCAAGGGCUCUAUCCUACCAUCCGAGAGAGGAAUUCAGUCAUGUUCAACAAUGAGUUGAUGGCAGAUGUUCACUUUGUCGUUGGCCCCCCAGGAGGGACUCAGCAAGUACCUGGGCACAAGUAUGUGCUGGCUGUGGGGAGUUCUGUGUUCCACGCCAUGUUUUAUGGUGAACUGGCAGAGGACAAGGAAGAGAUCCGUAUCCCUGAUGUGGAGCCUCCCUCGUUCCUAGCCAUGCUGAAGUACAUCUACUGCGACGAGAUCGACCUGUGUGCCGACACGGUCCUGGCUACGCUCUACGCCGCCAAGAAGUACAUUGUGCCCCACCUGGCUCGGGCCUGCGUCAACUUCCUGGAGACGAGCCUGAGUGCCAAGAACGCUUGUGUGCUGCUAUCCCAGAGCUGCCUGUUUGAGGAGCCCGACCUAAUGCAGCGCUGCUGGGAGGUGAUUGACGCCCAAGCCGAGCUGGCGCUGCGCUCCGAGGGCUUCACAGACAUCGACUCGGUGACCCUGGAGAGUAUCCUGCGCCGCGAGACGCUCAACGCCAAGGAGAUGGUGGUGUUCGAGGCGGCAUUGAGCUGGGCCGAAGCCGAAUGCCAGCGCCAGGACCUGACGCCCACCAUUGAGAACAAACGGCUGGCGCUGGGCAAGGCCAUCUACCUGAUCCGCAUCCCCACUAUGACGUUGGAUGACUUCGCCAAUGGUGCGGCACAGUCGGGUGUGCUGACUCUCAACGAGACCAAUGACAUCUUCCUGUGGUACACGGCCGCCAAGAAGCCUGAGCUGCUGUUCGCCAGCAAGCCGCGCAAGGGCCUGGCGCCACAGCGUUGCCACCGCUUCCAGUCGUGCGCCUACCGGAGCAACCAGUGGCGCUACCGGGGCCGUUGCGACAGCAUCCAGUUCGCCGUGGACAAGCGAGUGUUCAUCGCCGGCUUCGGCCUGUACGGCUCCAGCUGUGGCUCAGCAGAGUACAGCGCCAAGAUUGAACUCAAGAGGCAGGGCGUGCCGCUGGGCCAGAGCCUCAUCAAGUACUUUUCAGACGGCUCCAGCAGCACAUUCCCAGUGUGGUUUGAAUACCCUGUGCAGAUCGAGCCCGACACAUUCUACACGGCCAGCGUAGUGCUGGACGGCAACGAGCUCAGCUACUUUGGCCAGGAGGGCAUGACUGAGGUGCAGUGUGGCAAGGUCACCUUCCAGUUCCAGUGCUCUUCAGACAGCACCAACGGGACAGGUGUGCAGGGGGGGCAAAUCCCUGAGCUCAUCUUUUACGCUUGAGGUGUCGAACGUGAAGGAAACGUAACACUACUUCUUUACAGUCACAGUAAACACACCCCUCCGGAUGUUCAGAAAGCAUCAUCUCUUAACUAUGGCUUUAAAAGUGUACCUGGUUUGGAAAAAACAAACAUCUCAUUUAGUUCAAUAUUCAAUUGCCUUAUGAGUAUGUCGGACCUAGUGUAGGACUGGGUUGAAGUGACCAAAAAUGUUCUUAUUUUAAAUGAAGGAUAGGCAUUUGUUCACAUUUAACUGUUUACUCAUUUGUUUUACUGUUCUCAUUUAACAAGAUUAUUAGUAUGUUGUAGGUAGCUUUUUUUGUUGUUUUUACUUCAAACAUUCCUAUAAUUUUAAGGAAAACACUACAACUUCAAUAUAGGAUAUUUCAACCUGUGCAAAAAUCGACGUUGAUGUAGAGGAUACUUAGGGUAUAAUCAAAUAUUUUUGUAAUUUGAUAAAUAGUUUAAACAUUUUUGAUGGUGCAAUUUCUAAGAUUUUGUAUUGUUACCUCUAAGUUUACCCUUGGGUUUUCUGUGAGAUUAAUCAACUGAGAAUAGACAUCAAACGGAAAUGUAAACCUGUGCUGAGGUUUAAGAUACUUGAUGUAUGUUGCUGUCUCAGUGUCGGCCCUUGUAUGUAUAUAGCUAACUUUUGUUUGCACUACUAUUGUUCCUCUUUUCAAAUGGGACUGCCUUUUUUUUAUCUUGCUUCCUUGUAUACACUUUAUUUUUGACCUUGUUUUCUCUGAAAAUCAGUAUAAAGUGUCGCCGUGCUGUGA